CCGCAGCAGCCGACGACGGAGAACGCGACGGGCAACAACGUCCCGACGACGACGCUGCGACGAAGACUACAGCGACCGCAGCAGCGCCCGGUCACCGACACCGACGUCGAAUCGCGGCCCACUGGCAUGGCCACGGCCGACGUCCGAUUGCAGCAUCGAUAG